CGACCCUCUGUCCCCGCCCCGGGGGCGGAGCCCAGGUCCCAGCCUGCGGAGCUCCAGACUAACCGAAAUCCGCCCGGGGCUCCCUGCGCGGCUCCCGCCGCCCCGCACCGAGAUUUGGUGAGACCCGCCCCCCGGCCCCGGGUCCUGCGGCCCUCGGCACCUGCGCAGGUGCAGGUGCGGCUUCCCCGCCCCUUUCACCCAGGCGCACCUGCAGCGGCGGCCAUGGCACGAGGAGACGCCCCGCGGGACAGCUACCACCUGGUCGGGAUCAGCUUCUUUAUCCUGGGUCUGGGCACCCUUCUUCCCUGGAACUUCUUCAUUACCGCCAUCCCGUACUUCCAGGCGAGACUGGCAGGAGACAGCAAUAGCACAGCCAGGACCCUGAGCACCAACCACACGGCCCCCGAGGACGCCUUCAACUUCAACAACUGGGUGACGCUGUUGUCCCAGCUGCCCCUGCUGCUCUUCACCCUUCUCAACUCCUUCCUGUACCAAUGCAUCCCGGAGACAGUGCGCAUUCUGGGCAGCCUGCUGGCGAUACUGCUGCUCUUUGCCCUGACGGCAGCGUUGGUCAAGGUGGACAUGAGCCCCAGACCCUUCUUCUCCAUCACCAUGGCCUCCGUCUGCUUCAUCAACUCCUUCAGUGCAGUCCUACAGGGCAGCCUCUUCGGGCAGCUGGGCAUCAUGCCUUCUACCUACAGCACCCUCUUCCUCAGCGGCCAGGGCCUGGCUGGGAUCUUUGCUGCCCUUGCCAUGCUCCUGUCCAUGGCCAGUGGUGUGGACGCCCAGACAUCCGCCUUGGGGUACUUCAUCACGCCCUGUGUGGGCAUCCUCAUGUCCAUUGUGUGUUACCUGAGCCUGCCUCACCUGAAGUUUGCCCGCUACUACCUGGCCAAGAAACCAUCCCAGGCCCAAGCUCAGGAGCUGGAGACCAAAGCUGAGCUCCUCCAUUCCGAUGAGAAGAAUGGGAUUCCCAAUAGUCCCCAAAGGGUAGCUCUGACCCUGGAUCUUGACCUGGAGAAGGAGCCGGAACCGGAGCCAGAUGAGCCCCAGGAGCCAGAAAAACCUUCAGUUUUCAUUGUCUUCCAGAAGAUCUGGCUGACGGCGCUGUGCCUUGUGUUGGUCUUCACAGUCACCCUGUCCGUCUUCCCCGCCAUCACAGCCAUGGUGACCAGCUCCACCAGUCCUGGGAAGUGGAGUCAGUUCUUCAACCCCAUCUGCUGCUUCCUCCUCUUCAAUAUCAUGGACUGCCUGGGACGGAGCCUGACAUCUUACUUCCUAUGGACGAGGACAGCCGGCUGCUGCCCCUGCUGGUCUGCCUGCGCUUCUUGUUCGUGCCCCUCUUCAUGCUGUGCCACGUGCCCCAGAGGUCCCGGCUGCCCAUCCUCUUCCCGCAGGAUGCCUACUUCAUCACCUUCAUGCUGCUCUUUGCCAUUUCUAAUGGCUACCUGGUGUCCCUCACCAUGUGCCUGGCGCCCAGUAGAGACGGAGUCUCACGGUGUUGGCCAGGAUGGUCUUGUUCUCCUGACCUUGUGAUCCGCCCGCCUUGGCCUCCCAAAUUGCUGAGAUUACAGGCGUGAACCACCGCGCCCGGCUGAGAGCUAAGGUUUGACCAAAAACAAGGUUCAUGGGCCAUUUCCUCAAGGGGCAAUGCAGUGGAGAAUCCAGAGAGAAUGAAACUGACAGGGUGGGGGCACUGUGGAAAGGGUAGGCUGUGGAAUCUGGAAUCCCAUAAUGUUGGACCCAGAGGCCCUGAGAGAUGUCCUUGUCCAGCAGCUUCCUUUACAUACCAGGAAACUGAGGCCCAGAAAGAAGGGGCUACUUAUGGUGACACAAGGGUUGGGUCAGAGGCCCAGACUGGACGGGCAGAGGGCAGUGGAGCUGGGUCUAGGUUUGGGCCCAGUGUUUUCUAAGAGCUCCUGUUCCCGGUGUUCCAGGCAGGUGCUGCCACACGAGCGGGAGGUGGCUGGCGCCCUCAUGACCUUCUUCCUGGCCCUGGGACUUUCCUGUGGAGCCUCCCUCUCCUUCCUCUUCAAGGCGCUGCUCUGAAGCAGUCCCUCCAGGAUCUUUGGCAGCCUCUUCUCGAAGUCUCCUUCUGGAGCUGAGAUCCAGCCCAGGGUGAAUGGCAAGCUCGGCUCAGGCUUCUGCUGGGCAGGGGAGCCUGGGCCUGGGGUUGCCAGCAGGGGCCAGGAGCUGCUCUCUAACCCUUGGAGUGCUGUGGGGAAGAAUUCACCCUGGGUCAUUCUAACCCUCACCCAGGAAUGGAGGUGACUCGCACAAGACCUCGUGGAAAGGGUGAUGACCAGGGACAAGUGGGAGCAGUACACAGCUGCUCCCCACCAUCAGCUCUGCCUAUGUUCAUCAUCACCAGGAGCAGAGGCGACCAGAGGGUUCAGAGUGGGAGGUGGGGCCAGUCCAGCGCAGGAGCUCCUCAUCUUCCCAGGCUUCAGCAACCCAGGGUAAAAGAUGCCAGGGACAUUGCGGGGACCUGGGAGGAGGAACAGGUGUUGAGGACCUGAGGGUGCUCAAAGCGCUAGGCUCAGCCUCAAGCAGUAUUUUCAUUGCCAACACUUACUGUCCCCUCUUUCCAGAGCCCAGCUGGGUCUGGGCCCCAGAACCGCAGCCAGCCUGCAUGUGUGCACUGCACUUUACAGUUUGCAAAGCUCUUCCAUACCCACUCUCUCACUGAAGCCUAAUUGAGGACCUUGGAAGGAGCUGAACAAAGAUUGUGCUUCCCCCAUUAUACAGGGGAGGAAACUGAGUCCUGGGGGAAGUGACUGGUUUGUGGUAGAGCUGGGACUCAGUCCCGUCUCCCUCCUCCCUGUAGGUGCUGUUCUUCCUGCCCAACACCUGUUUUUCUUUUCCUUAAGGGGUUCGGGGCAGGAGCCCUGGGCUCUCACUCUCCUUUUUGCUGUUUCUCCUUCUGUGGACCCUGCUCCUGGGUCUAAUAACAACCCCAUUUAUUUGUAUAA